ACCCCUGAGCAGAUCACACACUUCCCCUCUGGGAGGGCGUGCUCUUAAACCCAGCACGAAGAGAGAAGGGAGAGAGAGACGCUGAGAGCGAAGGAACUCUGCCGCCCCCGUUCCUGCUCCUGUUCCUGCUGCUGCGCCUGAGAUCCGACAGGUGGAAUAAAUGACCAAUCACCCCUCACACUCCAACGGCAUGCAGGGCCUCCGGAAGGAGCACCUGUACAAGGUGCUGGUGAUCGGAGACCUCGGCGUCGGGAAGACCUCCAUCAUCAGGCGGUACGUGCACCAGACCUACUCCACAAACUACCGCGCCACCAUCGGCGUGGACUUCGCCCUCAAGGUGCUCAACUGGGACUCUGAGACCGUCCGGCUCCAGCUGUGGGACAUAGCAGGUCAGGAACGUUUUGGAAACAUGACACGAGUGUACUACCGGGAAGCCAUGGGAGCCUUCAUAGUGUUCGACGUGACGCGGCACACGACCUUCGAGGCCGUCGUCAAGUGGAAAGAGGACCUGGACUCCAAGCUGAUGCUGGCCGAUGGACAGAGCAUCGCCACCGUGCUGCUGGCCAACAAGUGCGACCAGGGCAGGGAGCUGACCAGCAACGGCAUCAAAAUGGACCAGUUCUGCAAGGACCACGGCUUCGUCGGGUGGUUCGAGACCUCCGCUAAGGACAAUCUAAACAUCUGUGAAGCUGCGAACUUCCUGGUCAAGCACAUCAUGGCCACGGAGAACGACAUCCUGAAGAGCGUGGUACCGGACACCAUCUCACCCCAGCUCGACUCCAACAGGCAGAUGAGCUGCUCAGGCUGCUUCAAAUAAUGAAAGGAGACGAGCGAUUGGCAGGGGACUGAACAGAUUGGACACAUACUAGGACAGAGAUGAACACGCGCGUACAGUUUGGCUACUUCGGCCAGAAAAGCAGUAUUGAGGAUUUUCAGUUUGCGUUCAGUGUUUUGGACGCUCGGAGCUCAGUUACUUCAGAGCUUGCGGACUGAAAUCCCUUGGAGCCAGAAGUUGCACAUUUAUUUAACAAGUGUUUUUGGUAACUGUGGUAAUGCAUGAUUAUUUUAGGUACCAAACAGCCAAACAUCCUCUUCUGACAACUUGCCUGACCAAACUGAACAGAAGGACUAAAUGCUCCUAAAUGGUAAGGACGGAGCGAAAAACGGGAGUCUCGUCUAUUCUUCAUCAACAACACAGUCUCUUCAUCGUCUCAAGGAAGAGACUGUGUUGCAGUCCUCUGUCUAUUUACCUUCACCUCCACGUUCACUUACCGAGAGAAGAAAAAAAAAAAAAAACAGUGUGGGGGAUGCGCAGGCUUCUGUGAGUCUGCAGAGCCAAAGACAGCAGUGCUGACCACUGUCAGCGGAUCCCAGAUUUGCUAUUGUGUAAUUAUGUAAAUUUUGCACAUGCCCUGGCUUUUUAUUAUGAUUUUAAUUUAUUUACAGUAUGCUUUUACGACUGUCAUGCAGGCUAAUGUAUUGUAUUAUUCUGCUUAAAACCUUUCCUACAGCUCA